AUGACGAAAGGGGUUCCUCAGGGAUCUAUUCUGGGCCCCUUGCUUUUUAUUGUCUUUAUUAAUGAUCUGCCACUGUCUAUCCCACAUGGUGACAUAGAUAUGUACGCGGAUGAUUCUACCAUUACGACAUCUGCGAAAACCAUAAACCAACUCAAUGAAAACUUAAAUCAAGCUAUGGAUGAGGUCUCAAAUUGGUGUAAUGACAACAAAAUGAUGCCAAAUACAGACAAAACGAAGUGUAUGCUCAUAACAUCCUGGCAAAAACGGCUUCAUAUACCACAAAAUGAAGAUCUGUGUGUAAGCCUUAACGAUAUAGCGCUGGAAAACGUUACUUCAAAACCGUUACUUGGCGUCACUAUGAAUCAUAAUCUGUCCUGGGCGAAUCAUAUAAACACCACUGUUUCAAAGAUAAAUAGGAGUAUAGCUCUACUUCGUAGAAUUAAACGAUAUUUACCGCUACAGACACGGAAACUGUUCUUUAAUGCGCACAUUCUUCCACACAUGGAUUAUUGUUCCAUUGUUUGGGGUGGUUCACCUCAUGUUAAGAAGAUUAAUUUAGCUCAAAAAAGAGCAGCCAGGGUAAUUUUAGACAUCACGGAUAAUCGUUACCCCAGUAAAGACAUGUUUUUAACAUUAAACUGGAUGCCUAUCGAGGAUCGUAUUAAGUACCGUAAAGCUAUUAUGUACCGUAAAGCUAUUAAAAGUCUCAAUUAUUUAUGUCCGGAUUAUAUGACAAAUAUGUUUAGGUUUGUCAGACAAGUUCAUACAAAGACAACCUGA